AGAAAGUGAAUCAGUGACGUAAGCAUAAGGGGGCGGGGUCUCGGGGUGAGGAGCCAUGGCUUCAAUGAAAACUGAGCCCUCCAGUUUGGCCAAUGGGAAUUCAGGCAAGAGGGAAACCAUGAAGUCCAAGGGGACAAAAGAGUCUCGCAGUGAUCAAGAAGAGGGAGGAGAUGAAGAUCACUCGAACGGGCAAGCUGACCCUCUCAGAGAGGCCACUGAGCUGAAUGGGACCUAUGAAAAUAUGGACACAAAGAGAACUGAACAGAACCUGUCUGCACAAGGGUCACCAGCCCGAUCCUCAACCAUGGAGAACGGAUUGUCAGAGACUGAGCUGCCCCAUGGCUCUACAUUGGGCAGUAAUGGAUAUAUUCUAAGCAAACAGCAGGAAAACACAGUGUCAGCCCCACACAGGACUAACUGGUCUCCCAUAGGGGGUUCCACAUUGGGGCAUGGGACUAAAAGCUCGCCAACUUCAGCUUCAACAUUGCGACCACCAGACCAGGGUUCUUCAAACAGUGCUGCAAGCCCAGGACCGAGCCCAACAGAAAGACGAGCGGAAACAGAGACUAAAAACGGCACAGUAUCAAAUACACCCCCACCAAUAAUACAUCGCGCACGCAAAACUAUGUCAAGGCCGGCCUCAAACCAGACACUAAAGCUUUUGAAUAGGGAAAAUAAGGAGCCAGUCGUGGGGAAAGAUGACAGUUUAGGCAAACCAGAGACAGUGCAGCCUCAGCCAUCUCCAAUCCAGAAUCAGCUACCUCAAAGCCAAACUGACGCCACAUCUGUACUGAACACCACACCAGCCAAGCCACAAACAGUUGAACCCAGACCUGUCUCUCCCUCAGUAGCAGCCGUGUCAAGGAGGAAGAAAAGAAAGAUGGGAAUGUAUAGUCUUGUGCCCAAGAAGAAAAAUAAAGUUUUGAAACAAUGCACAGUUCUGGAGAUGUUUCAGCGUAUGUCCCAGUCUCCACCCAACCCUCAGCAGUCAGAGGAAGCCGUGCAUGUGAAUGGCGAGAGAAUAGAGAAUGAGUCUGAUGAAGAAGAGUCAGAGGACGGAGAAGACACAGAGGAGGAUGAGGAGCUGGUCAGAGAGGAUAGAGCCAAAGCCUCUCGGGAGGGACCCAAGAUAGAUUCAGUCUCUCAGCCUCUUGAAGAAGAACAGGAUUCUGAGGAGUCACCAGAGGGCGAAGGUGAAGAGGAAGGGGAUGAAUCAGACUUGAGUUCAGAGUCCAGUUUGAAAAAGAAAUGGAAAAAGAAAGUCAAGGGGGACCAUGCCUGGCUCCGACCAUCAAGGAAACGCAAGAGGAAAUUGAAAGCGAAAACAGAAGGACUAUCAGGAAUGGAGUCCCAGUCUCAAUCUGAGAGCCAGAGCUCCCCAUCAGCCCCUUCUGACAACAGGAAAGAGUAUAAAGAAGUCCCACUAGACUCCCUCAACCUAGCAGCACAGGAAGCCUUACUGACAUCUCCAAGUACAGCUGUUUCAGGGUCAGUGGAGAGCACAGACACCGACAUGGUGCAGGAACUGCCCCUUUGCAGCUGUCGAAUGGAGAUGCCCAAGAGCCGAGAGAUUCUCACGCUUGCGGACAGGAAGUGUAUGGCGACAGAGAGCAUUGACGGCCAGCUGAGCCGUUGUCAGAGUGCAGUGCUGAAGCACGAGAUGAUGAGGCCUUCAAACUCUGUCCAACUGCUGGUUCUGUGUGAGGACCAUCGUACGGGCAUGGUCAAACAUCAGUGCUGCCCAGGCUGUGGCUUCUUUUGCAGAGCCGGCGUCUUCAUGGAGUGUCAGCCAGAGGUGAACAUCUCCCACCGGUUUCAUCGAGCCUGUGCCUCGGUGCUCAACGGUCAGAGCUUUUGUCCACACUGCGGAGAGGAGGUCAGCAAGGCGAAAGAGGUCACCAUUGCCAAGGCUGAUACGACGUCUACUGUGCCUCUCACCCACGGCUCCUGCGCGCCCACCACCUCAGAGGGCAAAGCAGACACCACCACUGGAGGGUCCACUCGGCUCUCUAUUCUUGGAGAGGGCAAAGCAGAUAGCACCUUACCCAAACCUUCACGGUCACAGGACACAUCUGUGUCGCCUUUGGGCUCCAGAACCGGACCUGUAGGAGCUGGAUCUGGAACCGGACCUCCACCAGGAACCACUAAAGAAACUCUGGAAAGUGUCCUGCUGGCUCUAGAUGCAGAGAAACCCAAGAAGCUUCGGUUUCACCCAAAACAGCUGUACAUUUCUGCCAAACAAGGGGAGCUGCAGAAGGUCCUAUUGAUGUUGGUGGAUGGGAUAGACCCUAACUUUAAAAUGGAGAGCCAAAACAAACGCACACCGCUCCAUGUAGCAGCUGAAGCAGGUCAUCAGGAAGUCUGCCAUAUGCUGGUGCAGGCUGGUGCAAACCUUGACAUGUGUGAUGAGGACCAGCGGACUCCCCUGAUGGAGGCCUGUGAGAACAAUCAUCUUGACACAGUACGCUAUCUUCUGAGGGCUGGAGCCAUCGUCUCUCACAAGGAUGUUGAAGGUUCAACAUGUCUCCAUCUUGCUGCUAAGACUGGACAUUUUGGCAUUGUACAACAUUUGCUGUCUACAGGCCUUGUAGAUAUUAACUGCCAGGAUGAUGGAGGAUGGACAGCCAUGAUUUGGGCCACGGAGUACAAACAUGUAGACCAAGUAAAACUCUUGCUCUCCAAAGGGGCUGACAUCAACAUCCGAGACAAGGAGGAAAAUAUCUGUCUGCACUGGGCGGCAUUCUCUGGCUGCGUGGAGAUAGCUGAGAUUCUGCUGGGUGCAAAGUGUGAUCUGAACACUGUCAACAUCCACGGAGACUCACCGAUGCACAUAGCGUCACGGGAGAGCCGGCUCGACUGUGUGAACUUGUUUCUGUCACGAGGUGCUGACAUAAGCCUUAAGAACAAAGAGGGAGAGACGCCCAUGGAGUGCUGCAGCCAGAACUCGAAAGUUUGGACCGCCCUUCAAGCCAGUAAAAAGCAGAGAGAAGCUAACAGCAACCAGACUGGCCCUGUAGAGAAGCUUCUCAACAGGGACAUCGCCAGAGGCUACGAGAAAGUCCCCAUCCCGUGUGUGAAUGCGUUGGAUAGCGAACCCUGUCCUGACAACUACAAAUAUGUCCCUGAAAGCUGUGUGACAUCCCCAAUGAACAUUGACAAAAAUAUCACCCACUUGCAGUACUGUGUCUGUAAAGACGAUUGCUCCUCAGCUAGCUGCAUGUGUGGCCAACUCAGCCUGCGCUGCUGGUAUGAUAAAGAGAGCCGUCUGCUGCCCGAGUUCUGCAAUGAGAAGCCACCCCUUAUAUUUGAGUGCAACCACGCCUGCUCCUGCUGGAGAACCUGCAAAAACCGUGUGGUACAGAACGGACUGAGGAUAAGACUACAGUUGUUCAGGACGCAGAUGAUGGGAUGGGGUGUCAAGACGUUACAGGAUAUCCCGCAAGGAACGUUUGUUUGCGAAUACGUGGGUGAGAUCAUCUCUGACGCUGAAGCAGAUGUCAGAGAGAAUGACUCCUAUCUUUUCAGUCUGGACAGCAAGGUGGGUGAUAUGUACUGCGUUGAUGCACGUUUCUAUGGCAACAUCAGCCGCUUCAUAAACCAUCACUGUGAGCCGAAUCUGUUCCCCUGUCGGGUGUUCACCUCUCACCAGGACCUCAGAUUUCCUCACAUCGCGUUCUUCGCCUGCAAGAACAUCAGUGCUGGAGACGAACUUGGGUUUGAUUACGGUGAUCACUUCUGGGACGUAAAAGGGAAGCUGUUCAGAUGCCAGUGUGGCUCAUCCAAAUGCAAGCACUCAGCCACUGCCAUCGCCCAGAGACAGGCAGAUAGUACGCCGGGAGACCAGCAGCCCAGCGCCUUGCCCGAUACCAGCUCGUCCACCCCAUCCAGCCCCAGCUAAGCCCUCUGACAACCAUCUUUCUAGCAUAAAACAUCCGGUUCUCCUACUUUUACGGUCGCUUCCCAUCACCAGCACGGGUACCUCUGCUAUCUCUAAUAAGACCAACCCGGGCCACUUGAUGCCACACCCACAGUGCCACGUUUAGCUCUGCUGAUCUGAAAGCCUGAUUGGUUGAAACGGUGUAAGGGUUUAAAGUCUUGAAGGUGAGAGGUGCACAAUUGGACUGUUUUUUCAGGGUGUUCAGUACGCACAUUUUGUAUAGGUUUUUUUAUUGUCAUCCCGCCCCUUUGGACCACGAUACAUCUUGUUCGACAUCAUGAAAAGAGCUCAAAGUGGAUUUUUUUUUUUAUCUCUCUUGAGAAUGAACCUGUUUGAGCCAAUUUAUGGACUUUGCAACAGGUUUCCGUUGAGUACUACCUUAUUCUUGUCACACGGUGUUCUCCUGCCCGACUCGAACUUCUGCGCCAUUCGCGUACACACUUCUUGUCAUCUUUUAUGAACUUUAUUCUUCACGGUUUCGAACAGUCAAUUCCCAAAUGAGUUUCAAAUAAUGUUUGCAUCAAUUUGUUUUACUUUUUUUCUGAUUUUAGUUUUUGUACAUUCACAGAAUAUGCAGAAAAUUAUGUAAAGGUAUUCAAAGACCAACCUUUUUUUCCCAGUAGCCUUUUCUGAGUCAUUCAGUGGGCUGUAUUAACUUGAGAUGAGCUAUUGGCUAGCAAUCAUUGGAAUUAAGCGCCCGUCGAGCGUGUCCUCUGGUUCACAGACGCAGGACGUCAUGUCAGUGCUACCAAAAUCAUGAAAAGGCCUCUGAACAGGACAUUUUUGGCCUAUUUCCUCCCAGUAAUAAGCCCAGUUCUUAAGUAUAAAUGCGUUUUAAUGGCGAAUCGCCACUGGAAGUGCAAAUUAAUUCGGGACAAGUCUAAAAACAAGCCCUAUGGGUUAUUUCCUGCAUGUUACAGGCCUGGAUAGACACGGCUGUUGUUAAAUGCCAUAUUACUUGCACCCCCAUCAAUGCAAAUGCAAACUGUAAAAUAUUUCUAUAUGUACUUUCGGUCACAAUGAUGGAACCUGUUAGCAUGCUUUUGAGACAUGUGCUUUAGGAAUAGGACUGGAACGUUUCACUCUGGUGGAAUGAAAAGUGGUCGGGUGUAGGAAAACGCAAAUGGUGCUGAAAAAGGUUUUUGUUAUGUUAAUUUUGUAUUACUCACCAAGUGAAUACAAGUUGUAAAAUAUGGUGAAGAAGCAAGUGUUUCAUUUUUUUUUUUUCCCUUUUCAUUUGUAUUUUUAAAUUGGCAUCUGUUUUUUCUAACUGUAGUUUGACAAUAGUUAGCCUGCAUCGAUUUUGUUCCAUAAGUUCAUGUUGAUGGUGAAACUAUUACAGUCUUUUUAAAUGUUGAUAGUGUAGUCAUGUCCUUUGUGCAAAUCCAGACAUAGAGAUUCAAAACACUGCAAAAUGAGGGGGAACAACGAAAACGGUAACACAUUUCUGGACAGUGAAACAUGAUGCACAAUCUUACUGGUUGUGUUUUUCUUUUUCAAUAAAUUUACUACUCAUAAAAGAGAAACAUCUCUGUCACUGUUAUGAAAAAAUAACAUGAAGUACGAUGAUAAAUACUAGUUUUGCGAAUCUGGAACUAACAAUCUCUGCUGUUCAUCCCAUAACGCUUUUUGAGGAAGCAGAUAAUUCACGUUUUUGUCUUUGGAGUUACACUUUUAACCCAUGUGGCCACAAAUGAGACCCAAGGAGUUUUGCGAUGCAAAACAGGAAGCCUUUUGAUAAUUUAUCAAGAGGUGUUUUUUUCUUUCACUUUUAUAAACUCUUUGAUUAUUCUCUUCCUGAUUACUUGAGUUUUUGGUUGUAAUUGAUCCAAUGAAAUGUGAGCUGAUGAUUGAGGCCCUCUGACUUUGCCAAUAAAGGCUUUUAACUAAUGAGACAGGAAACCUGCUUUUCCGCAUUCCACAGUUGCAAACUUUAAGACCUGUUCACUAUUACAGCGGUCAGUACAGUUAUGAGGAUCACGCUUUGUGGAUACACAGUUACGCUGAGAAGCUGGAUCGUGUAAAUUCAUAGAGCUGCACAAGGUUAACAAAUAGGCAGGGCCAUGAAGGGGUCAACACGGCAUAACUCUGACUGGAAGGAGAGAAAAUCCACUGUUAUCUAUGGUAGGAUGUUCACUGGGUUUGUCUUUCGAGGUUGCCGUGUCAUUAACUGGGUUGUGGAUUGUUAUUCAUCUGUAUCACAGUGAACUCUUCACUUAUUUUAAUGAUAGAUAAUGCUUUAGUGACAUUUAGUGGCAUUUAGGUUUAGUGACAUUAAAUGAUGAGCUGAGACUGAAUGUCUUUUUGUGGGUGAAUCUCACAAAAACAUGUCCAGGUUAUGUUACUAUAAAAGCU